AUGGGUUAAUCUCUUGCUUCCAAAAGAGACAUUUUUAGUAAUGAUUAAUAACUUUAAUUGUAACCUCAAUAAGAAUUAGAAAAAUGUAUAAGACACUGUGGAGUGAGUAAAUUUGAAGAUUAAACAUAUAAAAUUAUUCUUCACCUUGAAAAUGAAAAAUAUUAUUAAUUUCUAUACAAAUAACUAGAUGAUGGCAGUUUUGAUAAAAAACAGCGUAAUAUUAUAUCUCAAUAAUAGAUGGGUAUUGUGGUGAUCAACUCAUUAUAAUUAUGAAUGAAGAUUAUCACAAAAUGGCAAAUGAUAAACUAAAGUUGAAAGAUGCUUUAAUAUUCUAUGAAGAAUCAAAUGAUCCAAAUAAUUUUUUUAAAAAAAUUGUUGAUAAUGUUUAAAAAGAUUUUGAUGCACUUGAAUAUGUUUAAAAUAACUUUAAUAAUGAAGAAAAAUUGAAUAAUUCACAAUUUACUUCAGUAUUUAAACUUUGUAACUAAUAACAUCAAUUGGUAUUCGCUAAUUCGCAUAUGAAUUAUCUUUUAGUCAAUUUAGAUAAAUAAAAAAUAUAAAAAACAUAUUAAUAUCUAGUUUGUAGCCAGAAAUUUAUAUUAGAAAAGCCACAUAGUGAGAAGGAUGUUUUAAACCUCAUUAAAAAGCACAAUGAUGUGGAUUCACUGAUAAAUGAAAUUACAAAAAAAUAAUGA